UUCCUACUUAUACUAAAUCUCCUUUCUCAUAGUUUGGGUUGGGGGUUUUAAUUAGGGAUUCAAAUCUCCAUGGAAAAAUACGCGCGAGUUUUCAACCGAUUCGAUUCGAAUGGCGACGGCAAGGUGUGCCCGGCGGAGCUGCAGCGGUGCGUGGCGGCGACAGUCGGGGAUAUGACGGAGGAGGAGGCGGCGGCGGCGGUGGCGCUGAUGGAUUCGGACGGAGACGGAUUGCUGAGCAUGGAGGAUCUGGUGAGAGUGGUGGAGGAUGCUGCGGAGGAGGAGAAGGCGAGCGACCUGAGGGAGGUGUUUAAGAUGUACGAGAUGGAAGGGAGAGGCUGCAUUACGCCGUCGAGCCUGCGCCGGAUGCUCAGCCGAUUGGGGGAGCGGAGGAGCGUCGAUCAGUGCGGCGACAUGAUUGCCACCUACGAUCUCAACGCCGAUGGCGUUCUCACGUUUGACGAGUUCAAGGUCAUGAUGGCAUCGUCGCCCUCGGCGGCAGCGUGAUAUGGCGGCGUGUUUGGUUUGGUGGCAUGUAAAUGAUUAGUUGUGAAUUAUUCAAUUUAUGAUUUGUGUAGAGCUAGGGAUUCAUUCUUUUAGUAUUCCAGAUGAUUCUAUAUUCUUUGUUAUGGAUUUAUUCUUCUUUUUUUCUUUUUGGCAUUAAUAUUCGAGACUAUUUAUUUUCCU